UAUCUCAAUAGUAAAUCAAUUGUGAAUGAACUUAAUAUAGAUGUAUGAUGGGUGUAUGUAAAUCAAUGAGGGAUUAUACUGUUUUUUAUUUAAACAAAUUAAUGGAAAUAUUUUUGGAUACGGACUACGUAUUACGUUAAGCUGAACACUCACCACUCACUAAUCAGAAGAAAACGUAUCAGCAUCAGAACCAAGUGUCAAAAUAAAGGAUGAUAAUCUACUUGUUGGUACAAGGCAGGGCCAUUUAUGCAUGUACAGUGUGCUUCGUAAUGAUGAUAGCUGCGAAGUGCAAUUGAUGAGAUAUAAUAAAUCGUUUAGCAAAAAGCCAGUUCAACAGUUGGAAGUCAUUCAAGACCAGAAUUUACUUGUUAGUCUUUCAGAUAAUUUGAUACAAGUUCACGAUCUAAGUGCUAUUCAUUUCACCACUCUACACCAAGUGCAAAAAUCCAAAGGAGCCACAGUUUUUACUAUUAAUAUUAUGAAAGAGCAAUCAAUGACUGGCGAGGUAGUUACUUUAGUUCGUAUGGCGGUUGCUGUGAAAAGAAAAAUACAACUGUACUAUUUAAAAAAUAAUGAAUUUUUGCAAUUAAUGGACGACAUAAAUUUAAAUGAUAUACCAAAAUCUAUGGUUUGGUGUCAAGAAGCUAUUUGUAUUGGCUACAAAGGAGAAUAUGCCCUUUUGGAACUAAAUGGUAAACAAUCUUCACUGUUUCCAACUAGCAGUACUCGAUUGAAUGAGCCGUGCAUGACUCGAGUUUCUGAUACAACAUUUGCACUGUGUAGAGAAACUCAAACAGUUCUAGUCAAUGUGAAAGGCGAAACGGAGAGAAACAAAGCUUUGAGAUGGUCUGAUAUUCCAAUGACGUUAGCUUGGGACGAACCUUACGCUUUAGGAAUUUUAAACGAUUCUAUAGAGGUGCUUACUUUGGAACCUAAUGGUCUAGUCCAAACUUUGAGUGAUCUACCGAAAGUAAGAUUUAUCGUUUCCGCACAACGAGGCGUAUUGUAUGCGGCUUCCAUAAGUCAAAUAUGGAGUAUUCAAGCAGUAGACAUAGAGAAACAAAGAGAAAGCCUUGUUGCUGCAAAACAGUUCCAACUUGCAUUAAAACUGACUCAAAUGUCAAAGGAAUCUGAAGAUGAGAAGCAGGAAAAAAUCCAUCACAUCCAAACAUUGCUGGCGUAUGAUCUAUUUCACAAGAAACAAUUUCACGAAAGCAUGAAAGAAUUUCUGAAAUUAGAAACCGACGCAUACGACGUUAUUCGAUUGUUUCCUGAUUUAUUGCCCCAACAGCAAGGAACCGAGGUUCCAGAACCAGCUAGAGAUUUAACAGAAACUGAACAUGAAACUAGUCUUUUAGCUCUUAUUGAUUAUUUGACUGAGAAGAGACAUGGUUUGAAGACAACAGAUGUACAGGCAAAUAUCAACGCAAGUGGCAACCUCAGUGAUAAAGUCACCAACAAAUCCACUAACCAGUUGCUUCAGAUCAUCGAUACAACUUUACUGAAAUGCUAUCUACAAACCAACGACGCAUUAGUUGUACCUUUGAUCAGAUUGAAUCGUUGUCACUUUGUCGAGACGGAAAAGAUUCUGAAGAAAAUGGGAAAACAUAACGAACUCAUCAUAUUAUAUCAAACCAAAGGGCAACACAGAAGAGCUUUGGAAUUGCUUCAAUCUGAAGGCAGUACAGAACGUAUAGUUGGAUAUCUACAACAUUUGGGAUCUGAGAAUAUGGGUUUAAUUCUGGAUAUUGCCGAUUGGGUAUUAAAUGAGUCGCCUGAAGAAGGUUUAAAGAUUUUUACUGAGGAUGUAGCAGAAGUGGAAUCAUUUCCUCGGCCUCGUAUUCUCGAUUUUCUACUUAAGUCUCAUAAGUCAGUAGUUAUUCCUUACUUAGAACACGUGGUUCAUAUUUGGAAAGAUACUAAUCCGUUAUUUCACAACGCGUUGAUUCACCAGUAUCGAGAAAAGUUAGUUGCUGAAGGCCCGGCAGGUUCAGAGCCUACAAGAAAAAAGUUGUUGCAAUUUUUAGAAAACAGUAAGCAGUACACUGCUGAGAACAUACUAAGCAGUUUCCCGACUGAUAUAUUGUUAGAGGAGAGAGCCGUUAUUCUCGGAAGGCUUGGUAAACACGAGCAAGCUGUUACGAUUUACGUUAGAGCUUUAGGAGAUAUAGAAAAGGCUGAGAAAUAUUGCAAGAAAGUUUUUGAAAACAAUGUACCUGGGAGCCAAAAUGUCUACGUAUCUCUCAUAAAACUUAUCUUGGAUCCAGACAGCUGUCCUCUUUCGCUUCCUGGUCUGACUCUGUCUCCAAAAACUGCUCAACCUGACGUUGAAUUAGCUUUGCGACUAUUACAAGAAAAUGCAAAUCACAUGAAUCCCCUGGAAGCUCUCUUCAUACUUCCAGAUAAUAUUCCUGUCUCUAGACUUCAUAAGUUUUUGCUAGUCGCUAUGCAGAAGGUCACCCAAGAAAGAAGGAAUAUGCAGUUGAUGAAAGGAUUGCUGUACGCUGAACAUUUACAAUGCCAGGAGAUGAAAUUAAAACUGCAGAGUCAGCAUGUGUUAGUUACUGAGUUUAAUGUUUGUCCAGUUUGUAGGAAACGAUUUGGAAAUCAAAGUGCUUUGGUACGGUAUCCCAAUGGAGAUGUAGUUCACUACUCGUGUCAAGACAAAAAAUGAUUAAUAAUAAUGGCAUCAUAUGUAACAGACAGUUGAAAAAUGUUUAUUAUAAAACGUAUAUUAUUGUAUUUGCGCCACAUCUGAUCUAAUGUAAAAUAUGAUUCGUGAUCAUACACACAGCAAAAUUUACGGAACAUUUUAAAAAUGGGAUAUGUUAGAUGUCUCGAAUUUCCUAAACCUUUUGUCCGAUUUGAGUGAUUUUUUAGUAUGUUAUAGCCUCAUUAUUUAAGAUAAUCGAUGUAAUAAUAUUGUUACUAGACAGGUAAAUGUCAUUUUAUACCGGUUGUAACAAUCAUACUGUGUUUUUUCUUUAAAGUUCAGAACACUCUAUGGAAUAUUCUAGCACAUAUAAAAUAUUGAAAUUAAAAUUCAAUUGUAGCCCUAGGAUUUAUUAUCAUUUUCUUUUUUGAUUCAUUUGCUUAUGUUGGAUAAUAAAAAAGUUAAGUACGUUAACAACUAGCCAUGUUUUUGAUAAAUAAAUCCUCAUUUUCUGCUUAGUUUAAUAGGCAAGCUUAAAGUAGGCUAUGAGAAAAUUACCAAUUUAAUAGAUGUCAAAUUGUUACCAGUCAAAAAGUGUCUGGUUUGUCGUAAAAAUUAGUAGUUUUGUUAUUUAAAGUUUCAAUUAAGUCCGUAUUUUUUUUUGUUUAGAGGAAAUGGAACGCACUACAAGGAAUUUGACCCGCGAUGAGAGUGUGUUCAAGCAGUGAUCUUGCAUAGCGAAGGACUUAUAGUAUUUUUACUACAAAAGCGAUAUUACGUAGGUUAAAAUUUUUGACGUAAGAGAACUGUCAAAACGUUAGAAUGUGUCUUUUCAUUAUUGCCAUGUUUAUUAUAAAUUUAUUAUAAACAUGGCAAUAAUGAAAAGUCACAUUCUAAUGUUUUGACAGUUCUCUUACGUCAAAAAUUUUGACCUACGUAAUAUCGCUUUUGUAGUAAAAAUACUAUAGCUACCAUGCUAUCGGCUCCUUAUAUUGGUGACAAUUUUUUGCUAAUAUACGAUAAUGCAAGAUUUCACGUUCACAAACUGUAAUCGAAUAUUUACAAAAGGUAAAUGUCCGGACAUUGAAUUAGCCAUCGCUUAGUCCAGAUCUUAACCAGAUCGAACAUUUGUGUGACAUAAUUUGGCAGAAGACCACGACAGCGUUUGCCACCUCCUAGAACCUCACAAGAGGUAGAAACAGUAGCUUUCGAGAUUUUGAAUGAUAUUGAUCAAGACCAAAUAGCGUACCUCAUUUGUAUUAUAAAAGUAAAUAUCUCUUUUAUUACGAACAUAACCGAAUUAAUUAAAAAACAAAAAGUUAGGAAAGCCUAAGGCUAUAAUUGAGUUUUAUUUUCAAUAUUUUAUAUAUGCUAGAAUAUUCCACAGGGUGUUCCGAACUUAAAGGAAAAAACACAGUGUGAUUGUUACACCCAGUAUAAAAUGAUACUUACCUGUCUAGCAACAAUAUCAUUAUAUCGAUUUUCUUAAAGAAUAAGGCUAUAUACAUACUACAAAAAUCACUCAUCGGUCAACAGGUUUUAGGAAAUUCGAGACAUCUAACAUCCCAUGUUUAAGGUGUUCCGUUAAUUUUGCCGCUCUGUGUAUUAUAGAAAUCAUUAUAUUAUGUAAAAACCGUAAUUAUAAGGUUAUUUUGUUAUUAUUAUUUUAUUUUGUUGUAAUCUUUUUUAUUUAUAAUGAAAAACAUGUGAUAUUCAAUAAAAUGAAAUUCA